UCACCAUGAAACUGACACCCUGCAGCACCACAGGAGCUUCGUUCAGCUGCUUAACCCUGGCUGUUCUCUUGUUGCUUCAUUGCUGUCAUAUCGGCAGCAUUUUUGGCCAAAAGUCUGACUCGGCCUUAACUGUGGUGGAGAACACAGAAGGAGCAGAGGCAGUAGUUGGUGAUGAAGAAGAGGAGGUGGUGGUUGAUGAAGAUGAAGGAGAUCUGGAGGUGAUCCAACCUAAUGAAGAGUGGCAAACACUCAAACCAGGCCAGGCAGUGCCCGCAGGUUCCCAUGUGAGGCUGAAUCUGCAGACCGGUCAGAGGGAGGUCAGACUGGGAGAGGAGCAGCUCAAAUACUGGACCCAGGAGCACAGGGAGACAGAGGAGAGUCGGCACUCCUUCAGUCCUGAAGAGCUGAAAAGAGCCGUGAAGAAGAUGAAGGAGGACAUGAACCCAGCGAGCAGAGACGCAGAACAACAG